CUGGCCGACUUCACCUCUCAGCCCCUUUCUCGUGGCUGGUCUCCCCUCUAUCGCUCUGCUUCCCCUCCAUCCCCGCCCCUGUCCCUGAGCCACAGCAGCCCCAGCCUCCGCCCUGAGCCUGUUUUCUCCUCGCAGCUGACCACGCGAUGACCGAGCGGGCUCUUCUGGUGCUGAUGGUCCUCACGCUGGGCAGGGUCCCGCUUGCCCAGGCGACCCCACUCCCAGCCUUCCAGCCCCCCGCUCAGAACUUUCCUCGGGCCACUCCCUGCCCUGUGGCCUCAAAGAGCCCCUCGGCCAGCACCACGGACCCACGCCACCACUAGGAGCCUCCCCAGCCCUGGCUCCCGCCCGGCCCCCGCAUCACCCUCUCCCUGGGUCCCCUGGGCCUGCAGCAGAUCCCGGAGCAGGCCCGGGCCCGAGCUUCGAGAGAGCAGGCAGCCGCCAAUGACCGCAUCCUGGCCCAUGUUGGCCGCGCUGAGCCUGGAGGCAGGGGCCACCUGGAGGGCAUGGCGGAGCUGGACGUGCUACUCUGGGCACGGUGCAACUGGACGCCGCCACACGGGGUCGCUGCCGUGUCACACCUGAGCGCCCCACGGAGCCGCAGUGCGUCUGGACGGCCGUGUCGGGUGGCUGCCGAGCGGAGCCGUGCCGCACCUGGGAGCCCCGCAGACUUACGGCGUGUCUGGUCACCGCACGGAAGGCUGCCGCCCAUGCAGCCUUGCUGUGUAUGGGGGCCCCGCGGUCACAGGGCAUUUGGGCCCACCCCGAGUGGCCACUAUCGCCCUCACCCACUCUCAGGAACCUCCAUGCAGGAGCCCACACUGACUCUGAGACCAGCCUACCCGAGACCAGACCCAGUGGUCAGCCUGUCCCCACAGGCCACCACACGGAAGUAG